UAGGCCUUCUCAAGAUUGUGAUUUAGUCCUGUAGAUACAGGCGCGUCAGCACAACUGUGGCGAGCGACGUUUACAGGGGGUGGAGGUGGGUAGAGUCAUGCUCCCCCGGAAAAUAUUUUGAAAAAAAAAGAAGAAAACAUUAUUUGGCAGGGGGAGGGGUUCGAUCCCCCAAACCCACCCCAUACACACGCGCCUGCACCUAUGCCCUCACCGAAAAAUUCAUAUGAAAGGCGGGAGGUAACACAUCAUGAUUGAGUGUCUGUAGACCUAACCACGUUUGUAGCAAGGUUGUUGUGAAAAUGAAGAACCCAUUUUCGUGGCUACAACUAGAAGGCUAAAUAAACAAUUUCGACAGGAUAUUCCAUCUUAAAGAGCAAUGCUUUCAUUUCACAAAAAAAAUGUGGUAAUCAUGGAUGGCAGACAGUUGAACAUUCGAUGCAAGUGGAAAUCUGGACAAACAUACCUCAGUGAUCUGCACUUAAACUCAACUGUAGGAAACCUGAAAGAACAGUUAAGCAGUAUAACAGGCAUUGCCAAAGAGUACAUCAUAAUUCGCCUGGGUUAUCCACCAAAGAUUAUAGACAUCAAUGAUGAAUCACGACCUCUUACUUCCCUUCCAUUUCGGUCCGGAGAUACUCUCAUUGUAGAGGAAGACAAGGUUGUAGCAGAAGAUCGUCAGAAAUAUGUCGACCAGGCCAUGCAAUCCCAAUUCCUGUCUGGAGUUAAAGGAUUUCUUAUAAGAAAGGUGGUUCCUGCGGAUAACUCUUGUUUGUUUACCAGCAUCAACAGCCUGAUGGACAAUGGAAAAGUGGACCCAUCUCGCGCUCCCGAAUUGAGGAAGCUGAUCGCCCGUAUUGUUAUGGGUGACCCAAAAACAUACAACGAUGCUUUUCUUGGAAAACCCAAUGACAAAUACUGUAAUUGGAUACAGAAGCCCGAUUCAUGGGGUGGCGGCAUCGAACUGUCCAUUCUGUGUAGUUACUUUCAAGUGGAAAUUGACAUCGUUGACACGCAAACUGGAAGGAUUGACAGAUUCGGAGAAGACAAAUAUUACAAGGAACGUAUACUGCUGAUCUACAAUGGAAUACACUAUGACCCACUGGUCAUGGAACCAGUGGAUUCCACAAGGCCGGUAGAAUAUAAAUUCUCAACAAGUGACGAGUCUGUGCUGGCUCAGGCCAUGGAACUGGCUUCAGAGGCCAAAGAAUCCCGCCAGUAUACAGAUGUGUGUAAUUUCUCUCUCCGAUGUCUUAUUUGUCAGAAGCCAUUACAAGGGACCACAGAUGCCGAGUCGCAUGCUAAAAAAACGGGACAUAUUAAUUUUGGGGAAUAUAUUUAGCCUAGGGUUGUAUGUCCUUGGAAUAUAUUUAGCCUAUGGUUGUAUGUCCUAUAUAUUUAGCCUAUGGUUGUAAUAUAUUUAGCCUAUGGUUGGAAUAUAUUUAGACUAUGGUUGUAUGUCCUUUGUAAGCACAACCUUUACUCUACAGUAUUAGAAAAAAAGAGAAAAGAUAUUUGAUCCAUUAUGUUUAAAUUUAAAUUUUUCUUUUCUAAUCUUUUCAUGUAUUAUUUAUUGCACAAAUUCACAUGUACAACAGGCAUUGCAUGCUUAUUUUCUGCAUUACUGGUAAAAUGUAAGCCAGUAUAAUGUAAGCUAUUAUAUGGAAGUAGAGUAAAAUUUAGUUGAGAAGCUUACUGUACAUAAUGAAGUUGAAUUCUACAGUGAUAAAUGAAGUCUUGAUUUUUAGUGAGGUUUAUAGUCUUUGUUCUACCUCUACCAAAGACUUAUUAUUAUAAUUUUUUUAUAUUUUUAAUAUACAACACUUUGCUAUAUUUAUGAAAUAAAACAUCUGAAAAUACAAAA